AUGGAUGCUAGUAACCAUGAUAUGGUAGGAGUUCUUGCCAGAGAAAUGAUUACCAUUUUUUCUCCCCUAAUACAGAAUGUAAAUAGGACUAACAAUGAUAAUGCCCAAACAUACCAACAACUGCCAGCGCAGAUGGGAAACAUAGCAGAUUUCCUAGGCGCCCCUCAGUCUUCUGUUCGAUGCAGACCAAACCAAGUUAUAAUCCAGGAAGAAGAACCAACUAUAAAUCAGGUUCGACCACCUAGACAAGCGCCUGACGAAAGGGUCAUGGGGGCAAGAUUAGAACAACAGCCAAUUCGACAGGAAGUCCCUGAAGAACAACCUAGGAGAGUAAUUAUGGUUAAUAGAGACCAGGACGCAGACGAAGUAAUUCAUAGGGUUAGGCAAGAAAACAUGAUGGAAAAUAACUUAACUACUAUGAUAGAGAGAAUCAUGGCCCAGAAUGGUCUGAAUACAGGACUUCGACGGCCAAAUUAUACCUCUCCUUUAUCAGAAUACGUCCUACAAAAUGAAUUACCAAGGGGUUGUAAAAUCCCUAAGUUCACCAAAUUUUCAGGGGACACUAGUGAAUCCCUUAUAGAACACGUAGCCAGAUACAUGACUGAGGCAGGGGAUUUGGCAAACAGUGAGAACCUAAGAAUGAAAUAUUUCCCUAGUUCUUUAACGAAGAAUGCCUUCACGUGGUUUACAACUUUGCCACCAAAUUCCAUAGAUACUUGGCCUCAUUUGGAGAGAUUAUUUCAUGAACAAUUCUACAUGGGUCAAACUAAGAUAAGUCUUAAGGAAUUAGUCAAUAUUAAAAGAAAAUUCACUAAACCUAUAGAUAAUUAUCUGAAUAGGUUCCAUUUGUUGAAAUCUAGAUGCUUUACAGUAGUGCUUGAACAUGAAUUGGUCGAAAUGGCCGUUGGAGGAGCGAAUAAGAAUUACAAGAAAGAAAGGGUUGCUUAUGUCGAAGUCGAAGAUGAGGAGUCUGAAAUCUCUAAUGACCCUUAUGGUCUCGAGGAAUUCGAAGUAGAUUUGGCUGAAUUCAAAGAAGCACCACCUUAUGCUUGUAAACUACUUACACCUUCGAAUGGCAGGAACCCUGUCGAAACUGAAAAGAAUGAUAGAUUUCCUAAAAAGACUUACACAUUUGAUAUUACCAAAUGUGAUGAAAUCUUCGAUUUAUUAGUAAAAGAUGGCCAAAUGAUAGUGCGUCCUAAUACCAAAAUUCCUCCGUUAGAACAACGGAAGAAAAGAGGCUUCUGUAAAUAUCACAAUAUUUUAGGCCAUAAAACCUCACAAUGCUUUCUUUUCAGGGAUCUUAUUCAGAAUGCAAUUAAGGAUGGUCGCUUCAAGUUCGCUGACAGGGGGAGAAACCAGAUGAAGGUUGACGAUGACCCCCUCAACAUUGUUGACACAAAUUAUGCUGAACCUGUCGAAAUCAACAUGAGUGACAUGGUGGAAGUGGAGGCUGUGAAGGAAAUAGGAACUGAAGGCUAUGUGCUAGUUGGAAAGCAGGCUACUAAUGGCCUAACUAAUGAUGUUCCCUUUGGAAUUUCUGUCGAAGGUGAACAGGUUGCUGAUGUCGAACCAAAGGCCAUUGAAGGUCUUAAUGGGAAGGCAACUGAGGGCCUAAGGAAGAAAUUUGAGGAAAUUUCAAUCACUGAUGGUGCCAAUCUAGGUGUCAACAUGGUGGAUCUGAACCAACCCCCCCCCCCCCCAAGAGAUGGAGGAAGUGGAGAGGUGUCUGAAGAUAAAGCAAGAGGGAAUGCAGUUUGGCUAUCUGUUCGCUGUUGA